AUGUCAAUCUUUAAUUCAAUUGUUUCAUUAGGUUCAGUUUCAUCAAGCAACAAAGUUUCAGUUGCAAAUGGAUCAAGUUCAUCAUCAUUUGGUUCAAACGGUAUCAGUGGUGCUAAAACAUCAGCCAAAGUAAAUGCCACUGCUAAUGUUAAUGCCAUUGCUGAUGUAAAUGCUUUAUUAGCUACUGCUACCAAUGCUGCCAACACUAAUGUUAAUGUUGCCUCUGCAACAAGUUUAAAACUUUAA